AUGAGCUCUCGUAAGCUUGUGGAAGCUACAUGCUUGCCGUCUCUCAAGGGACUUGGAUCACAGGCUGGAGGAGGUCUACGGCUUCAUCAGCAACGGGCAGUAAUCUCAGAUUUGGGGCCUUUAACUUCCAAUCCUGGUUCUGUCAUAAAGCUGGAAGAUUCCAGCGCGGGACGGGAGGAGAGUGCAUUUGAAGACCUCAGACUCCAUGUUUAUAUUAAUUUACCUGCUGCCUUUGUAAAAAUGGACAUUUGCCUGCAUUUGCAACCUCCACUCAACCCGAUCUGA